AUGGCUGCCACAUCCUCCAUCGGCCUUCUCUCCAGUUUGUAUUCCAGCAAGCUCUCCUCCUCCCUCCCCCUCACCAGAAACACACCGACUUUCCGAGUAUCGUCCACCAAUCUAGCUUUCACAUCUCACCGUCGCCUCGUGACAUCAGUGGCCCGUGCUGAAAGCUCUUCAGAGGCAGGGACCACAGUCGACUCCACGACAAUCAGAAACUCGUCUCCUCCUACCAUUUCCAUGUGCUUCCUUCCCCCGGAUGGUGACACUGCCACGUCAGCCACCGAAGCGGCCGCAUGGGCUGCCAUUGCAGCUGAGACCCCCGACGCGGCGGAUUCAUCCGCGAAUCCUCCAGCUAACGCCCAGAUUGUCACCAUUGGCAGCGGCGAGAAGAAUUUGCGACGUGCGAUGGUCGACGCGAAGGUUCCCCUGUACGACAUGUACGGUUCACUCAUGAAUUGCGGUGGUGCGGGAAAUUGCGGGACCUGCCUUGUGGAUGUCGUUGCGGGUGCGGAGCUGUUGAGCGGACGGACCGAGGCGGAGGAUCGUUUCUUGAAGAAACGCCCCGAGAGCUGGCGAUUGUCGUGCCAAACGAUUGUUGGGGAUAAGGCGAACAGUGGAAGGCUGGUGAUUCAACGUAUGCCGCAGAAGCCCCCCCCCGCGCCCGCCUCCGCGCCCUCCCCCGCGCCCACCGCCAAGGCCGCCCCCGAGGCCGCCCCCGAGGCCGCCCCCGCGCCCGCCCCCGCGCCCGCCCCCGCGCCCGCCCUCUCCGCCUCCGCCGAAGCCGCCGCGCCCGCCGUCGCCGCCUCCGCCGUUUCCGCCUCCCCCCGUUUCCCAGUCCGCGCUGGACACGCCCUGCGCGACGGUGUGCUGCAGCAGCGCGGCGCAACCGGCGGGGGGGGAGGCGGUGAUGAAGAGCGAAUGGCUGUCCUCCGCCAUGCCCCAUGGCGCACGGGUGCAGAUUCGCUCGCCCACGUGGGGCACGUGGUGGGGCCCGGACAGCAACGGCAGCUGGCGCGGGCAACAAGACCCGCCCCCCCCGCCUCUGACUUCUUCCGCGUGGAGCGCGCGCCUGGCCUUGCGCCCAACCAGCUGCGCCUGGUGACUCUCUCAGGGGAAUUCGUCCGCGCAGGCCCCCCCCAAGCCCCCUGGUCCACCACCUAUGGCGUCAUGGACACCACGCAUUCCCGCGCCGACCCUGCCACCAUCUUUUCUAUCGAACCGCGCGGCACCGGCACCUUCCGCGUGGCCUUCCGGUCGGCCGCAGACGGGAUGGUGAUAAGCAACGAGGGGAAUGCGCUGUACCGGUGGACGAGCGUGGCGAGCUCGUGGGAGGAGUUUGAGAUACGCGAGGUGACGGUGGUGCCCGUGAUUCGCGGCGUGAAUCUUGGUUCGUGGCUUGUCAUAGAGAACUGGAUGGUGCCUGGAUGGUACCCAAAUCCCAAGCCGUGGAAAGAUGGCACUGCGGUGAGUGGAUUUGCAUAUGGACCCUGUCUUUCUGUGUGCAUUCCAUUGCGAGCAUUCCAUUACAAAAGACAACUUGUACCUUUCUUCCCCUCUGCCGCUCUGACCUUCUACCUCUCUCCCUCUCUGUACAAUGCCCACACGUCUCUCCCUCCUGUUGCAUGCCACGACCACACUUCCAUCAACAAUGCCUACCUCUUCUCUUCCCCUUCGCACCCCUCACAUUCCUUCACCAAGUUUGCCCAUUGCGACUCGUCCCUUGACCCAUUUAUCUCCACCCAUUUACCUCCACCCGUUUGCCCCCUCCCCCUUCGCCUCCUGCCCCCUGCCCCGUGA